CGCGCCACGCCCGACAUCAGCGCCAUCGGCGCCGGCUUCCAGAUCGUCAUGGGCGGCAGCGUCACCCAGGUGCUCGGCACGAGCGCCAGCACCCCCGUCGUGGCCGCCAUGGUCGCGCUGGUCAACGAUGCGCGCAUGCGCGCCGGCAAGCCCAGCCUCGGCUGGCUCAACCCACUGCUGUACGCUGACAAGGUGCGGGCCGUGCUGCGGGACGUCCAGGCCGGCACCAGCGCCGGUUGCCGCUUCCCCGACGGCUCCACCGCGCCCGGGUGGACGGCGGUGGCCGGUUACGACUGCGUCACGGGCCUCGGAGUGGUGGGCGACUUUAACGCUUUCCUGGCUUCCCUCAUGUAG